GUGUGAGAAACUAUAGUCAUGUCGACGCUGUGUUUUAUUCUUUUGCUGUUUUUUCUUGGGAAAUGCAGGGGGGAAACUCGCUUCAUUUAUAAAACAGAGGAUAAAGAAGAGAAGUUGGAGUGUAAAACAAACAAAUGGCAGAUAAGCACAACAUCUAACAACACGAUCGACCUGAACUGCUCAGUACAGUGUGAGACUGGUAGAACUGUUGAGCUUGAUGAUUUAGAGAAUCCCUCAUUUUGCUCAAAGGAUAAAGAUUCUCAGUCUGGUUCUGUUUGCUCACUGAAAGUGGAGGAGAGUGGAUAUUAUUCCUGUGUUAAAUCUCUGGAUUCUGGUUUCCUUUUCCCUUUUAAAUCAUCUCCCAACAACGUUAUCCAGUCUUACAUCAUCGCUGUUCAGAACCCAGCCUUGACGCUCGAGUCUGAGAGAAGAUCUUCAGUGAAUGUAGCUGAAGGAGGAUCUGUGAUUUUAAACUGCAGUUUCAGCUUCAAACCAGGAUAUAAUUUAAAUAAUUUUGUUGUUUACUGGAUUAAAACUGUAGAACAGAGCAGCACCUGCAUUUAUUCAUUUGAUUAUGAUCAGAAUAAUGUAAAAUACGGUCACCACUGUGAUGAACCGCCGGACAAAUUCAGAUUCAUAUACCAAUCUGAAGGUCAGUUUACUCACAGCAUUAAGAUCAGUGAGGUGAAGAGUUCAGACAGAGGUCAGUACCGCUGUGCUUUACAGAUGGACACAAGUGUUAAAGAGAGUGAAUCUGCAGUAAACUGGAAGGUGAUAGAAGACGUUACACUCAGAGUCUACAAUCCCACACCUCCUCACUCUACUGACCAACCUGAGACCCCCGAAAUACCUGAGACCCCCAAAACACCUGAGACCCCCGAAACACCUGAGACCACCACAAUACCUGAGACCCCCAAAAUACCUGAGACCCCCAAAACAUCUGAGCCCCCCAAAACAUCUGAGACCCCCAAAACAUCUGAGACCACCAAAACACUUGAGAACACCACAAUACCUGAGACCUCCAAAAUACCUGAGACCGCCAAAACACCUGAGAAAACAACUGCCGUGUAUGUGGGGGUCUCGGUGCUGCUGUGUGUGCUGCUGCUGCUGGCUGGAGUGUUUGUAUUUAUCAGAAAGAGGAGAUUUCUCUCAGCAGGACCUCAGACUGUACAGCAGCAGAGAGAUAACAAAGAAACUCUUGAUGCUGACUGUUCUCCGUAUGCUGUCGGGAGAGGAGAUCAGGAGUACGAUUCCAUCAAAUCUCCUUCCACAACCGCUGAUCCAGAUCAUAAACAGCCCUCAGAACCUCUGGACCCAUAUUCAGUAGUCCGACUGAAUGACUUAUACGACUCUUCAGCUUCAGAGAACGUCCAACAUCCUGUUUAAGAUAAAGGAGGUGAUCAGUUUCUCAUAUCAGUGGUUUACACGCUAAUACUGUAGAACUGUAGAGAAUUACUCAGAGAGAGGAACAGGUUCAGAGUUAGAUAAAGCCCGUGUUCAGAAUUUAAUGAAGUGAAAGGCAGUUCUUCAGCCCCACAUACUUUAAUUAUAGGUGGGUGAAGUCAGGUUAACUAAGCUUUGUGUGAGUUCUAAUAAUAUGAUACGUUUUAUGAAUUGACACAGUUCUCUUAAAAAAUUAUAGUAUAAGUAGGUUCUCUUCUAAACUAUGACACAAUGUUCAGCUAAAAUGGUUCAGUACCUAAAAUGACUUUUUUUAAAAUAUAAAAAUGUAAAUUCUACUUUCUAAUUUGAAAGAGCAGGUCAUUUUGAUUUGUUGUUACAUAUUAUAAGAUUACAUAUAAUUGCUCUUAUUAGUGAUGAGUGAAUUUGCUGUGUUAUCCCCACUUACCAUAUGAUUUCUCUGAUGUACAGUAUUGUGCAAAGGUUUUAGGCACCUAAAAUAUUUCAGUAAAUAAAAAGCUUCUUAUCUGUGCAGUAAAUGUUUAUUAUCUCAGUAAAACACCAGCAUUACAAUUAAUACAAACAGCAAUUUUACAAAAAGCAGUGCUUUUACAGCCCUGUUUUCCUUAAAACAUCUCCUAAUCUCUCCUCAUCUGAGUUUAAUAGAGUUACUUCUAGUUCUCAUCAUUUCAACACCUGUCAUUAUUAUUUAUUAUUAUUACUGUUAUUAUUAUUAUUAUUAUUAUUAUUAUUAUUAUCUGACUCCUUUUAGAAUUCCAAGCUAAACUCCAGCUAAAUAAUAAUCAAACUGAUGAUUCAUGGAUAAUUGUUUCUAAACUCCUACAACAAUAAACAAUAAAACAAUAAAACAAUAGGAAAUAUAUUAAACAAGGCCUGUUUUAGCAUAAAAUACCAUUAUCACAGCUUACAAACUUGUAAAUAAGAAAGCUAACCUAGCUUUACUAAACAUCAUAAAACAUUACACAAAAAGCUUUUAAACAGCCAACAGAGAACAUCAUAAGAACGUUUAGCAAUGUUUAGAAAAUGUUCAAGGAAGGUUAGCCUGGAGGUGGUUUGCAUCACAAUGUUAUUAGAACGUUUCUCACAUAACAAUCCCAGCUAGUUGAAUACUAACAUUCCCAAAACUAACAAUUAAAAUAGAGACACAAGUGACACUGUUAAAUAUAAUGUUCUAAGAACAUCCCAAAAAUUUGACAUAUUUUUUAUAUUUGUUUUAACGUUUUUCAAAUCAUAUUUGAGUCACUUUCAUAUGUGGUCCUAAAUUGAAUAUGUAACCGAUCCAUGGACAUGCGACACAAAUGUAAUUGAAUUCAUGCAUCUUUUUGCUUUUACACAUGCGCUACGUGCUUCUUUCUCUACGUCUUUUUCUAUAGUGUAUAUAAACCUAUUGUUUUAACUGUAGUGCAGCCCCCUACAGCCUGCCACUAGAGUCAGAUUUCUUUCCUGACAGUGAUGAUAUAUAUGAUAUAAACUGAAUCACUGUAGAAAUAAAGAACAAUACACUCUUAUUAUUAUUUCAGUUCCCACAGUAAAAGAUGUUUAAUGUAAUAAGAAGUUCUGCUGUGGUUCUUUAAGGAACUUGAACAUAAAUGAGAACACUGUAAUAAAACUAUUAGAGAAUAUUCCCAGUGGACAUUUAUAAACCACAACUUAAAACUUUCCUCUUUAAUUAAGCUUAUAAAUAACUGCAUCUUACUUUAUUUACUUGCUUCAUUUUAUUUAUUUAUAUUGUAUUUUCCUCCUGUAUUUUUAAUUUAAUGAUUUUAUCUAUUCUUAUUUUCCUGGAUUUAAGUGUUAUGCUUUGUCUUUUGUUAUGAUUUGAUUUAUUUUUUUAUUAAUUCUUAAUUAUUUUUAAAAUUAACUGUGUUUAUUUGCUAAAUUUUGUUUAUCCAUUAGCUUUUUAAUUCUUUUUUUCUCUGUACUGUAAAGCACUUUGAGUGUGGACCUAAUGUAUAAAAGGUGCUAUAUGAAUUAAGUUAAAGGAGUAUAUGUCUAAAAAAAAUAAAGAUGUAACAAAGAAUAACAGCUUUUUCUCAAAGGGGAUAAAUGGUGGAUAUAUAUAGUUAUUAUUUGGAAUGACUUAAUCAUUUAUUAUUCUUAAUAAUCUUAGAUAUGUGUUUACAUUCUUUUAAACAUUUCUGUUUCAAAACAUAUUUCUUUUCAUUUUUAAAUAGAUAUUUUGACUGUUUUUC